AUGGUCAAGCCCCUAACAUUCAAAGGCGAAAAGCCCAAAAAACGCAAGCAUCGCGAAACCGACCAUGACCACCAUGACCGCGUGAAGUCCGAGCAGAAGGAGCAAUCCGCGACAGCAGCAGCAGCGGCAGAAGAAGACGAAACCCCCGACGACCAGAGCUGGGUCUCCGCCGACGUGCCCUCGGACAUCAACGGCCCCAUCAUCUUCGUCCUCCCUUCCUCGCCCCCGACGUGCCUCGCCUGCGACGCCAAUGGCAAGGUCUUCGCCAGCGAGCUGGAGAACAUGAUCGAUGGUGAUCCGCGGACCGCCGAGCCGCAUGAUGUCCGACAGGUUUGGGUCGCGACGCGGGUGGCUGGUAGUGAGAGUAUUAGCUUUAAGGGACAUCAUGGGAGAUAUCUCAGCUGCGACAAAUACGGCAUCCUCAGCGCAACCGCCCCUGCCAUCUCGCAUUUCGAAUCCUUCCUCGUCGUCCAAUCCCCCGAUACACCGGGGAUGUUCUCCUUCCAGACGCACGGCGGCGACUCGGAGACCUUCCUGGCCAUCAAGGAAGGACAGGGAUCAUCGAAGACUACUGGUGGCGCAGCAGUGGAGAUCCGCGGAGACGCGACGAGCAUCUCGUUCGAGAGCACGAUGCGCGUGCGCAUGCAGGCCCGCUUCAAGCCCAAGGUCAAGGCGUCCAAGGAGAGCAAGGCCCGCGAGAGGAUCAGUCGGAGGGAGCUGGAAGCCGCCGUCGGGAGACGUCUGGAGGACCACGAGGUGAAGAGGCUCAAGAAGGCGCGCAGAGAGGGCAAUUUCCAUGAGGAGGUCCUCGAUGUGAGGGUUAAAGGGAAACAUGACAAGUUCGCGUCGUGA